CUUUUUUCUUCUUUUUUUUCUUGUUUUGUUACAGAUGGCUUUUACGCGCCUGCCUCUGUUGCUGGUACCCGUCCUGGUGCUACUGGCGGUGAUGCCGCACAUUCAUUCAUGCCAUGCGACAUUUUACGAUACCGACUUUGGGUGGUAUCAUCUGUUCACGAUGGAUAAUAUUAACUGGGAAGCUGCAACCGUUGGCGCGGACGUGCAGUGUUGGUUCAAAGGCUUUCAAUCUCAGCACGAUAACUUGAAGGAAGACCGUUGGUGGAAGUAUCGCAGGAGUUGUAUCACGCACUCUGGCGAGCAAGUCACAAAAGCGAGCAUUCCCGACCAAGCCUACUUUCAAAUGAACGAGUGGGAUCUGGUAUUGGACUGGACUGCUACGCCAGGUCGAACAAUCUACGGGAUGAACUCACGCAACUCGGAGGAAAAAAUGGACCGUCUCUUUCAAGUCAAAACCGUUGCCAUGAUUCCCGAGUUCGAGUACGCGGGUAAUUGUUCAACUACCGCUGAGGUGAACAACUAUGACGGACCUCUGGACUAUACAUGUCCUCUCGCCUUUCAGUACAUUGCAGGAAUGUCCUCAGUUCAUCUGAACACUAAAGAAGAUCGGCGCUGGAAGUACACCUGUUGCAGCAUGGCAGCCAAGUCGUGCGGUUCGCCAGCAUUCUUCACUUCUGGAACUUGGGGCUGCAACCGACAGACAGUUGGUGGCGUUUGCACUCAUACUUGUGCCACCGGUACUCGGUCAACAUCCGCUUCAGGCACUGUUACGUGCCAAGCGGACAAGUCUUGGUCGUCCCGCACUUUCCAAUGCAACACCAUCAACUGUGGCAAUCCAAGCAAUCCGACGAAUGGACAGUUUACUUGCGGGAGCACGACUUAUCAGGGAACUUGCUCUAUGAGCUGCAACAAUGGAUAUCAGCUGUCUGCCGCCGCAACCAUCACUUGCUCAGACUAUGGCAGCACUUUCGGUUGGUCCUCUUACUCGAGCUCUUGUAACACUAUCACAAACUACUGCCCAGCCCCGCCAACCUCAAUCACUCUCGGCAGCGUGAACUGCCAGCCGACCACUCGCAGCAUCGGAGCAGUGUGCACCUACUCUUGCGAUUCGGGCUAUGUCGUGGACGGCACAGCGCAGCGAGUUGCCAAUGUCACGUGCCUGGCUAGCACUGCUUCUGUCGGUGUGUGGUCGCGUGCGACACCAACGUGUGUUCUGUAUGCGGAACAUUGCCCGCACACUAUGGCAGCGCCAACCAAUGGAGCUGUCAGCUGUGAUGGAUACUCGCUUGGCGGUAUCUGCACUGUUUCUUGCAACGCUGGCUUCCGUCUCCGUGGUUACGCGCCACUUGCUACUGUCGAUUCGGUGUGCAAAGCGGAUACCACUUGGUCACGUCCCGAGACAUUCUACUGCGACCCGAUCGCCUGCCCCGCGCUUUCUCUUGGUAAUGGCGGACUGAACUGCGUUGGAGGAACGACUGCGUACAACUCGCAGUGCACCCCGUACUGUAACGCCGGCUUCACAUUGGAGGGAGACUACAUUGACGCAGUGCGCUGCAACGCUUCGCAACAGUGGAACGCAACCCUGGCGGACUGCCGGAUUGUUUCGUGCGACCCUCUGACUCUCGAAAACGGUGCCAUCGACUGCACCAAUGGCAACACAAACUACCUCUCGGAAUGCACACCGAGCUGCAAUGCAGGCUACACCCUUGGCGGAGCCAACACAAAUCCUGUGACGUGUCAGGCGUCGCGCGAGUGGAGCGCAACGCUGCAAGCAGAAUGCACGAUUGUAUCGUGCGAUCCUCUGACGCUUGAAAACGGUGCUGUUCUGUGCACAAACAACAACACAAACUAUGGAUCCGAGUGCAUCCCGAGCUGCAACCCCGGCUACUCGCUUGGAGGAGACUAUGCUGAUGUUGUCGAGUGCUUGGCAACGCGAGAGUGGGACCGACCGAUGGAGGCCUUCUGCACCCUUGUUUCAUGCAAUGUUCUGACGCUUCCGCACGGCACCGUGAACUGCACGAACAACUCGACCGACUUUGGCUCUGAAUGCAUGCUGUCGUGCAAUGAGGGCUUUCAGUUGGCCGAUGCGGGAGCGACCGGCCUCCGCUGCACAGCUGCUGGAAACUGGAAUGUCAGUUCGGUUCCGCAAUGUGCUGCCAUCAAUAUCGAGACCUCUUCUUCUGCAACCAUAUUACCUGCGGUGGCUGGCGCCGUUGGUGGAAUAUUGGUUUUGCUUGUGCUUGUCGUGUUGUUGAUCAUUCGGCGCCGUCGUCGUCAAGUGGCCCGUGGCCUCUCUGAAAAGGAUAGCACAGCAACCAUUUCGAUGCAUACAAUGGAUUCCGCGCUCUCCGGCUAUGAGCCACUCGCAAAAUCAACCGCGGUGCAACCCACUUACGACAAUCAACGUCCUGUUCAGCCGAGCUACGACAAUCAACGUCCAAUUCCCGCCUCGGUGUCUGCGGAUCAACAUUCCGUGUAUGAGCAAAUCGAAAAGGAUCACUACAGCUCACCAGUCUUGUACGAGUCUGUGGAACUCGGUUUGCGCGCAAGUCUUGUUUUGGGAGCCAAACUCGGCUCGGGCAACUUCGGCGUUGUGCUCAAAGGGCAGCUUCCUCGAAAGUUUGUUCCGCCGGAUGCUCAGUACCUGCUGGCCGGAGUGCAGGGCGCGUAUCUCGAUGUUGCUGUCAAGACCAUGCAGCCUGAUGCGACCGAAAAGUCGCGUCAGGAGUUUGUCGAAGAAGCGCAGAUGAUGGCCCAGUUUUCGCACCCCAAUGUUGUGCGCUGCAUCACGUCUCUUCUGGACUGCGCACCGUUCAUGUCAGUUCUCGAGCUCAUGCCAUACGGCGACCUGCGCCAGGUUCUGUGGCAGUCUCAAAAACGCAACAUUGGCUGGACAGUGGCCGAAAUGAGUCACGCCCUCGCACAAAUCGCAGGUGGGCUGGAGUAUCUGGAGUCGAUUCGAUUUGUCCAUCGUGAUAUCGCAGCACGCAACUGCCUCGUUGGCACAGGGCUUGUCGUCAAGAUUUCUGAUUUCGGUUUGUCGCGCGCACUCGCCGAGGAACACAACUACUACCGCAUGGAAGCUCGUGGCAAGCUUCCCGUCAAGUGGAUGGCGCCUGAAUGUCUGCAUUAUCGCAAGUUUUCGCAUAGCAGUGAUGUUUGGGCGUUUGGCGUCUUGGCUUGGGAGGUGUUCUCGUAUGGAGCUGCGCCCUAUGGAUCAAAGACAGGCCAGCAAGCGCUGGCAGACGUCGAGGCCGGACACCGUCUGGCGCAACCCGAGUCGUGUCCGAACGACUUGUUUGCUCUCUUGCGCGCCUGCUGGGAAAUUGCUCCUCUUUCGCGGCCUCACAUUGCAUCUUUGCGCGCGCACUUUGAGAGUGCCGCUGCUGGUCAUGCUAUUCGCGAUAUUGGCGGACUGAUUGCAUAGCUUGAAAGCUGCCAAACACGAGCAUUUCACCGUGUCGUUUCAAGAACUUGCUACUUGAAGAAGGAACUUUUACUCUACUCUUCCUGCGUGUUGUUGUUGAGAUGUGAGCCCGUUUGUGGUUUCUUGUGAAUACAGCGACGAUCUCCUUUUCG